AUGUCAGCUUUGUGCGUCAGGGCGGCAUUUAAGUCCGGCCAGAUGUUGUCAAGAACGUUAGUGAAAAACUCCACGAAACUUUCCGCCAUUGUCGCCCAGCAGAAGAUGUCCUAUGCCGAUAUGGCGUUCACUUUUGCUUGCCCAGCCUCAGUGUUCUACAAAGAAUCAAAUGUGAAGCAGGUGGACGUUCCAACAUUGAGUGGGGACUUUGGUAUCUUACCCCAACACGUUCCCCUGCUGGCUGUCCUGAGGCCCGGGGUCAUAGCAGUCCACGAAGCCGACGGAGCUAUGAAAAAAUAUUUCGUUAGCAGUGGUUCAGUCACAAUAAAUGAUGACUCAUCCGUACAAAUAUUGGCAGAGGAGGCUUGCCCGAUUGAUCACCUCGAUGCACAAGCAAUCAGAGACGGGGCAACAUCGGCAGCCCAGGAUUUGUUGUCAGCCUCUUCGGAGCAGUCGAAGGCCGAGGCACAGAUCGCGUUGGAAUGUUACGACGCCUUACAAAAAGCCGUCGAGCAAGCCCACCGUUGA